UUAUUUGUAAGGUUUCUAAAAUGAAGAAGUGCUUAAAAUACUAAUAAGAAAGGGCUCAUUAUUAGAAAAGAGUCGAAAAGAUUUCAGAAAGGAAAUUUCAGCUUUAAGGUAAUAAUCAAUAUGUAUAUUUCUAGAAUAUUCUGUAAUAUCGUAAAUAUGACAAUGAUGG